AUGGCUGGCAAAGGAAAAACCUUGCGAGAAUUGAUGUCCUCCCGAGGAAAAGGUCAAUCUUCGAAGGUGCUUGCUCAGUCGCAAACCCAGGACCUUCCUCCAGUUGCUCCUCAGGUUCCUUCUGACCUUGGUCUCAAGGUUAACCCGGACCUGAAAAAGAAAAGGCCGGCUGAAAUCCCUGAGGAAGGCGAGGUGGUGCCCCGCCAGGGCAAGCAGCAAAAAACCACUCGAGGGCAAAAGAAUAAAAGGGCUACCUCCGCAGAGAGCCGAGAGGAGGAGAACCGGGCUGAAGUGCGUGUUCAACCGCGCACUUGGAGCCCAAAGCUGGAGCUGGAUGGGGUUGUUAUCCCUUACACUGCAUCGGUCCGAGAAUACAACAGAGGUCGAGCAGGGUACAUAGCUGAGGCUUUGGAGCAGCCAGUACUCCUCCCUCAGGAUAUGGAAGCCUACAGGCGGUUCUCUCAGCCUGAGCUCUUUCUAUCCCUUAAGAGGAACCUUGCAAUGAUCACUCAGCAGGUGUUUGUGGCUGAGGAGUUCUGUCGCAGCAACCGCAGCUUAGCUGAAGCUGAGGCCCAAUCUCGGAUAGAGGUGGAGAAAACUGUGGGGUCCCUCAAGCAAGAGAACUUUGAACUUGCGGAGAAGUUCAAAAAGGCGGAGAAAAAGCGCCGGAGUGUUGAGUUAUACGUGACCGAGACCAGCCUGGCCACUGAAAAAAAAACAGUGUUGGAUCUCAAGGCCGUGCUACAAAAAGCUGAGGAGGAGAUCCGGCGGGCUAAAGAAGAGGUUCAGCUAGCUCGGGAAGCAGCCGAGGCUGAGAAAGAGGCCUCUUAUCAGCUUGAGGCUGAGGAGACUGAAGCCAGGCUCUCUGAGGAGAUUCCAGAGGUAUGCAGGGAGUAUUACAGCAUCUCAUGGGCUCAUGCCCUUGAUGCUGCAGGAAUUCCUGCAGACUCGGUGCUGAGGUUGCUCGGGAAGGUCUUCUUUCCGUCGGAGAUCCGAGAGAAUCCUGAUGGCGCUCCUGAAGCUUCUGAGCAGGCCAUGGCUAUUCCUGAUGCCCUCCCUAUGCUUGAUAAAGCCAAGGAUCCUGCCAAGGAGUCCAUCUCCGAGGUUCCUCCUCCUCAGCCAGAGCAGAAAGAGAAUCCUCCUGCUGAGGCUUAG